UUCAGACACAUUUCAGCCUCUGCUCUGGGAAUUUAUCCCGAGCAGCCCCUAACAGGCUAUUCCUUCUCUACAACUGAGAUAUGAUCAUCUUAAUUUACUUAUUUGUCUUGCUGUGGGAAGAGGCUCACGGAUGGGGAUUCAGAAAUGGAAUUUUUCAUAACUCCAUAUGGCUUGGAUUUCACAUCUGUGCUGCUGGGUGGAUGGCCAAGGGCAGAGUUGGAUACCCCAUUGUGAAGCCAGGGCCCAACUGUGGAUUUGGAAAAACUGGUAUUAUUGAUUAUGGAGUCCGUCUGAACAGAAGUGAAAGAUGGGAUGCUUAUUGCUACAACCCACAUGCAAAGGAGUGUGGUGGUGUCUUCACAGAUCCAAAGCAAAUUUUUAAAACUCCAGGCUUCCCAAAUGAGUAUGAUGAUAACCAAAUCUGCUACUGGCACAUUAGACUCAAGUAUGGUCAGCGUAUUCACCUGAGUUUUUUGGACUUUGACCUUGAAGAUGACCCAGCUUGCUUGGCUGACUAUGUUGAAAUAUAUGACAGUUAUGAUGAUGUCCAUGGCUUUGUGGGAAGAUACUGUGGAGAUGAGCUUCCAGAAGACAUCAUUAGUACAGGAAAUGUCAUGACCCUGAAGUUUCUAAGUGAUGCUUCAGUGACAGCAGGAGGUUUCCAAAUCAAAUAUGUUGCAGUGGAUCCUCUAUCCAAAUCCAGUCAAGGAAAGAAUACAAGUACUACCUCUCCUGGAAAUAAAAACUAUUUAGCUGGAAGAUUUAGCCAUUUAUAAAGCAAAGAAAGACAUUCCGCAUUUAUGUUUCUAUCUUUUGGAGCCCCUUUGAUCUCACUUUUAUAUUAUUAUUAUUAUUAACAUUUAUUUAUUAUUUUUCUAAAUGUGAAAGCAAUACCUGAUAAUUUGGGGAAAAUUGGAAAAUACAGAAAACUUUAAAUGAGAGAAUAAAAUCUCCCAUAAUCCCAUUGCAUAAAAAUAACAAGCAUUAACAUUCAUAUAUUUUUCUUUUAGUCAUUUUUUGAUUUGUGGUAUAUGUAUAUAUGUAUCUAUAUGUAUUUGUAUUUCAAAUUUUGGAAUGCUGCUCUAUGUACAAUUUGAUAUCUUGGAUUUUUUACCACUGAACUUUAUGGUGUACACGUUUUCCCCUAUCGUUGAGUAUUCUGCAAAAACAUGAUUUCAUUUACAGUAUUCUGUAAACUGUCCAUGCUAUGAUUGUUCCAUACUUUAUGUAAGCCUGUCUAUUGUGGGAAUUAUAGGUAGUUUUCAUAAAUAUUGUUUCAAUAAACAUCCUUGGACAUAUAUGUAUUUGUACAGCUCUCUAAUUAUUUGGGAUAGGGUCCUAGAGGUAGAAUUACUGAGUCAGAGAUUAAUUAAAAAAAAUGUUUUUGAGGGAGAUAAGCUGGACUUCAUGACACUAAUGGGGAGUCGUGGGCUGGUAGGCUGCACUACUCACUCAGCCUACAAAGACAUCCUCUAGGGAAGCGAGAAAGUGAAUGGACUAGGAAAAUAGCAGGUCAUUAACCAGCAGCAUUAAGGGUCCAUUUGACCUUUGUGGUAUGGACUAACAGGAGAUUGGUCAGCGAGUCUCUUUUCCUCUGGCCAUGUUCAGCUACACAGGACAAAGACAGAUUAGUGAGAGAGCAGGAGUCAGCAGGGUCAGUUUUGCCAAGUGAGUAUAAGACAGGGGCAAGGGAGUAGAGGAUAUGGGUAAGAAGGGAUUGCAAUGAUAACCCAAGGAAUUUAGUUUGAUAAGGGGUGAAGAGAGGACAGUAAGGAAAUGA